UGACAUGUUUUGACCGGGUGUUUUCUUUUUGGGUGAAAGAAAAACGUGGUGUAGUGGUGUAACGUCUAAUAAAACUUAAAUUAAAGUGUUUCAAUAGUCCAAAUCCGCAAAAAUGGCACUGAAAGCGAUGAAAUGUCGUAAAUCGAAGCGACAGAAAGCAUCCUUGCGGUACAAGGUAAUCAAGAAGAUUGCCGAGAACAAGCGCAAGAAGGCGAAGGAAGCGAAGAAGUUGCCUAAAUUGAAGAGCAAAAAGCAGAAACUAAUCCAAGUGCCCAACAUCUGUCCUUUCAAAAAGGAAGUGCUUGAGGAGGUCGAAGAGUUCAAGCAAAAGCAGGAGGAACUGCGUCAGAAGGAGCGGGAGCGGCAGAAGGCACAGCGUCAAGAAGAGUUACGCUCCAAGACCCUUCAAUCGAUGGUGGCUGAUGCGGAGAAGCGCCAGGAUCAAUUCAGCCCUGAAGCGGCCGAGGAAGAUGAAUAUGCAAACGUAAUGAACGGAGGCAAGGAAAACUCCCUGAAAGCAUACUUCAAGGAGUUUAAGAAGGUUGUUGAUGCCGCAGAUGUCGUGCUGGAAGUGGUUGAUGCUCGCGAUCCGCUCGGUACACGGUGCGCCGAGGUGGCAAAGAUUGUUCGUGAGGCACCGGGACAGAAGCGGUUGGUGUUGAUCCUCAACAAGGCGGACCUGGUGCCACGCGAUAAUUUGGAAAGGUGGAUGAAAUAUUUGCGUCGUUCUGGUCCCGUCAUACCCUUCAAGGCGACAACGCAGUCGCAAAAAUCCAACAUUGGCCACAAAAAGUUUAAAGCCGCCAAAACUUUAGAAUGCUCUCCCUGUAUUGGAGCGGAUUUACUGAAGGAACUGUUGGCAAACUACUGCCGUAAUGAUAACAUUCGCACUUCUAUCCGUGUCGGUGUGGUUGGUCUUCCGAAUGUGGGUAAAAGUUCGCUGGUCAACUCGCUGAAGCGCAAACGUGCCUGCAUGGUUGGUGCUAGACCGGGCGUCACAAGGCAGAUGCAGGAAGUGCAGAUUGAUUCGCAUGUGAAGCUACUCGACAGCCCGGGCAUCGUAUUUCAGCGUCCGAAGGACCAAGACCACAACAAAUAUUUUGCACUGAAGAACGCACAAAGAGUGACCGAAAUUCAGGACCCAUUCCCGCUGGCCAACGACAUUCUCAAGCGUGGAACGAUGAUGUACUUCUGCAAGCUGUAUGACAUCAGCGAGUUUCAUUCGACGGACGAAUUUCUGGCAAAGAAAGCGGUCCGCAUGGGUGCGUUGGCGAAGAAGGGUGUACCCGACGUAAAGAAGGCAGCCCGGUGCCUGAUUGAGGAUUGGAAUAACGGCAAAAUCAAAUAUUGCACACAACCUCCGGAGGAUAAUGCGGAUGAGGUGCAUCUUGACGCGCAGCUCGUAUCACCUUCGGACGAUGUGCCCGGGUUGGAUCUGGAUCAACAGCUCGAUGCUUUAGUGCAGCAGCUCGGCAGUCAGUAUGAGGCCAGUUUCGAUGUGAAGGACGCGGAAGGUAUGAAAGUGGCUAUUAAAAAGGAGGACAUUCUCACGAUGGAAGUUGACACUGGCGGCCCAGUGCACAUGCGGUUGGCAAAGAGCGACCAGCUAUCGCAGCUAACAAAUGAAGGCACGAUUAUUGAGCGAGACGAUGCCAUGGAUGGCAAAACCGGCGAUGGAAGAUCCCGCAAGCGAAAGGUGAAUGAUUACGCUGAGGAAGAGAAACGCUUCCGCAAAGACCCAAUGUUCUUGCUGGAGGGCAAUCAAACGGCCAAUCGAAAUUUGAAGCAAGAAAUGAAAAAGCGUAAAAAACUACAAAACAAGCAGACCAGCUCUCCCGAUGAAGUAAAGGAAGAGAAGGAAGCCUACGAUUUCGAUGACGAUUAUGGUAUGGAAGACUAAAGCAAAGCGCACUCAAUCAUAACACAAUACAGGAUGCUAUUCUUCUUUCGUUGAAUCCUGAACAGAAAUACACAUUAUCUUUUCGUUUUAUAAGUACUAUAUCUGUAUUACUUGCAAAAAAGGUAAUGUAUAUUCAAUAAAAAAGACCAAUGUCAAAGGA